AUGCCUUUACACCUCCCUUUUCGUAUCCAAUCCAUUGAGGACCUAGCGAUACCUGCUGUAUCUCUCCUCAUUAUCUUUCUGGCGUACACGUCUCAAUACCUGUUCUAUUACAUUGAGCCCGCUCCUUUGCAGGGACCAGAAUUCUGGUGGUUCAAUGCUUUUGUGCUGGCGAUAUGGUGGUGUUAUGAAAGGGCUUGCUCUGUGGAUCCGGGGCCAAAGGGAUGGGUAGAGAAGGUUACUUCGGAUGGGAGUGAGGAUGAAGAGGACGACAUUGAGCGUGAACGCGAUGUCAAAUUGGGAAAGGGGAUACGAUGGUGCAAGAAGUGCAAAGCUGUCAAGCCGCCCCGAGCACAUCACUGCACAAAAUGCCAAAGAUGCAUCCCGAAAAUGGACCACCACUGUCCUUGGACAUCGAACUGCGUAUCCCAUACAAAUUUUCCACAUUUCCUGCGUUUCGUCCUCUAUGCCGUAAUAAGCAUAUCCAUCUUAGACUACCAUCUCUUCAUACGCGCCUCGUCCAUCUGGGACAGUCGCGACCUACCCGCCUAUCUCGGCCCUCCAAUCUGGGCUAUGGCGUACCUGCUCGUGCUCUUGAUAGUCAACAACUUCACCCUCUUCACGCUCUCCGUUCUCCUAAUCCGCGCGACCUACAGCUUGGGUGCAAAUACAAGUCAGAUAGAAAGCUGGGAGAUUGAGCGGCAUGAAGCUCUUGUUGAACGUGCGAAGAAGAUGGGGGGCUACGUGUAUGCCAACGGUGGGCAGAGAAUGCGUAUCGAAAGGCAGGAGUUCCCAUAUGAUAUCGGCAUUUGGAACAACUUGUGUCAGGGGAUGGGGACGAGUAAUGUGUUAAUGUGGUUUAUGCCUUUUGGCGGAGCCCCUGAUAUCAAGGAUGCUGCGGAUUGGGAAGUCAAUGGAUUUGAGGAGGAAGACAAAACGUGGCCUCCUCCAGAUCCUGAUAAGAUGCCGAGAACAAAUCACACUUUGGGCGAGAGUGCUGUACUGAGAGAGUAUGGGAGCGUAGAAGAGGAAAAAGAAGCGUUCAAAAGACGACAAAGGGAUGAUUACGCGAAGAGAAAUGGGGAGAGUAGGGGCGACGAGGGUGAUAAUGACGAGAUCGACUAUGAGAGCGAAUAUGAAGAGGGCAUGGAUGGACAAGAGGGCUGGACGAAUUCAGAUGGCGAUCGACUUCGAGAUUAUGGCGUCGACGAAGAGGAAGAAGUUUUAUCUGAGGAUGAGAUACCUCUGGGCGAGUUGUUGCGAAGGCGGAAGACUAGAGCUCAUGAAUAA